AAUGGGUCCCAUAAGAACUGCGCUCCCACUUCUGGUGAUCCAACUGUUCUCGUUAGAAGUGUGGGGUACAUCCCCAUGGUUUGUUCCAGGACCUAAAGAGGCCACAUGUGGCUAUGACGGAUGUCCAAAAAUCGACCCAGCCAUGAUCAAUGUGCAUUUGGUGCCCCACUCGCAUGAUGACGUGGGUUGGAAAAAGACCGUGGAUCAAUAUUACUAUGGCGACAAACAAUGGGUUCAGCGAGCUGGUGUCCAAUAUAUCUUCGAUGGGAUAGUGCAAGAGCUCUCAUUGGAUCCAUCUAAAAAGUUCAUUCAAGUGGAAAUUGCCUAUUUCUGGCGUUGGUGGAGUCAAGCAUCGGAAGAGACCAAGUCGAUGGUUCAUCAAAUGGUGAAUGAAGGCCGUAUAGAGUUCAUUGGCGGAGGAUGGUCCAUGAACGACGAAGCAGCCACCCAUUACACGGGUUUGAUCGACAACAUGGCCUUGGGUUUCAAACAGAUUAAAGACAUCUUUGGUGAUUGCGGGAUUCCACGCGUUGCUUGGCAAAUCGACCCCUUCGGCCAUUCCAAAGAACAGGCUAAUCUGUUCGCUCAAAUGGGCUUUGAUGGGCUCUUCUUUGCCCGAAUUGACUAUAGGGACAAAGCCCAGAGAAUGGAGAGCCAGGAAAUGCAGAUGGUUUGGGAAGGUAGCGAUUCUUUGGGCGAGGACUCGUCCAUCUUUACGGGAGUUUUCACCGAUCUUUAUGCAGCUCCCUCUGGAUUUCAAUUUGACAUGAGGUACGACGAUGAUCCAAUUGUGGAUGACAUUAGACUCCGAGAGUAUAACUUGAAAGAAAAGAUUGACUUGUUUGUGGAAACGGUUCUUUCCAACAUGACGAAAUACCAAAGUCAAACCAAUCUCAUGUUCACCAUGGGCGGCGAUUUCAACUUCCAAAUUGCCAACUUGAACUACCAAAACUUGGACAAGCUCAUCAAGUACGUGAAUGAGCGGUCCGGCGAGACGAACAUUCGAGCCUUCUAUUCCACCCCAUCUUGUUUCCUGAAAGCAUUAAAUGACGAGGGCCUGACAUGGCCCACCAAGACGGAUGACUUCUUUCCUUACGCUGAUGGGCCCAAUUCCUACUGGUCUGGUUAUUUCACUUCCAGGCCGUCUUUCAAAUUCCAUGAAAGGCAAACCAACGGCAUGUUCCAAGCUGCCAAGCAAGUGGCGGCCUUGUUCCAGGCCCCCAAUAUGGACGAGCUCUUCGACCUUCAGCGAGCCUUGGGAGUGGCACAACAUCAUGAUGCCAUCACUGGGACCAACCACGCCGAUGUGGAUGCCGAUUACCAUCUGCGAUUACACGAAGGCCAAUUAGUGGCUCAAGGAUCAAUGACGUCCCACAUUUUCCCUGUCCUAAAUCAAGUUAUAGAGAAGGACACCGAUUACACCUGCUCUCGCUUGAAUAUCAGUAGUUGUUCUUGGACCGAGGAAAAUGGUCAAUUGACCGUUACCAUCUACAAUCCCUUACCCAGAGCCCUCAAUUACAACGUCAGACUCCCUGUUCAGGAUAAAAUGACAGUCCGAGCAUUUGAUGCAACUUCAGAGCUUAGCGUGGAAUAUGUUCCCAUUCCCAAUGAAAUUUUGGCUUUGGAGGAGAGACGCCAGUCAUUAGCUGUCCUUGACGCAAUCUUCAGAGUAACCAAUAUCCCUGCCAUGGGAUACAAGGUGAUUUACAUCGAUCAAACCCCAAUUGACGAAUCGCUUCUGAAACCCCUUGAAAACAUGUCCCCUGAGGACUUCCAAAAAGAGAUGCCAGACAACUUCAAUGUCCAACUGGGUCAUUAUUUGUCCCAUCAGGACUACGAUACCCAAGCCUCGGGUGCUUAUAUAUUUUGGCCUCUGGAGGAAAAGGCCGAAAUGAGUACCAUUGUGUCAUCGGAGAAGUAUGAGGGAGGGCUCCUCAACGAAUGGAGACUCAAGCUGAGCAUCGACUGGGCCAGUCUCAUUGUGAGAAAGUAUGAAGACAGUCCUGAAUACGAAGUCGAAUGGUUAGUGGGACCAAUCCCAAUUGAUGGAGAUGAGCUUCAGGGAAAGGAGAUUAUCCUAAGAUACACUGACUCUGGAGUGGCUAAUGAAGGCCGUUUUUUCACGGAUGCCAAUGGACGCCAGAUGAUCCAACGACAACGCGAUGCCAGACCAUCAUUUGAUUUGGAAGAUGGUGCACAAGAGGAGCCCAUUGCCUCUAAUUACUAUCCCAUUACCUCAGGCAUCUUUAUUGGGGACGAAACGAGUCAAUUGUCACUUUUGAACGAUCGCAGUCAAGGAGGCUCGAGUUUGAAGGAUGGCGAAAUUGAGCUGAUGGUGCAUAGACGAACCUUGGUGGAUGACAGACGAGGACUCUUGGAGGUUCUGAACGAGACCGCUUUCGAGGAUCAGUCUGGUCUCAUUGUGAGAGGAAAGCACUUCUUCUUCCAAGGCAAUGAAGCCUUGUCGACUGUUUGGCGACGCACCAAGAUGCAAGAGCAAUUCCUUCAACCAUCAUUGCUAUUUUUUGACACCCUCGAGACGGUUGAAGAUUGGCAGGCCUCCUCAGUGGAGAAAACUUGGUCCGGGAUCAAUUCGGAUGAACUCGGCGAUAAUGUCCAUGUGGUGAGUUUGGAACCAUGGGAUGACGGCCAGAUCCUAUUGAGAUUGGAACAUUUCUUCGAAGCACAAGAGAAGCAUGCUCGUCAAUCCCAAUCCACCACCAUCGAUUUGAAUAAGCUUUUCCAAGGUUUGACCGUCUUAGACGUUCUGGAAACCACUCUGGGCGGAAAUGCACCUCUAGAAUCCAUGGAACGCCUCCAUUGGAACACGCACAGUUGGAAUUCAGAGCACGACGCGUACCAUUCGAUGGUCAGACGUCAACAAGACACUCAAAUCAGUUUGGAACCAAUGCAGAUUCGAACCUUUAUUUUGACAAUUGAAAGCUAAGGAUCGUACACCAUGUGUCUGUAUACCUAUUUACAAUCACAUUGCUCAUUUCAAUGUU